CUCUCGCUGACUCAAGCCUGACAUAAGUACAAUCAUCAUGCCAUCUCCAGCCCUCAAAGCCAACUCACUCGUUUCGUUCAUUCCCCUACAGGUCUAACACCAACUCAGGCCCAUCUAUACAAGAUGCGUGCCGUCACUCUCGUUUCGGCCUUCGCCGCCCUUCCGGUAGCUUUUGCCUCCCCAAUCGACUUUGAGCUCAAUGCUCGCGCCACUUGCAAGGCCAGCGACAUCGCAGCUGUCAAAUCUGCCAUCAAAACCAACACUGCCUACUUCUGCGAAUUCUACAAUGUCGUUGGCGUGGGUUCGUCUUCUCCAAUCACCACACUCAGUGCUAGUGCCGUGUCCCAGGCCUGCAAGUGUAUUAUCACCGCCUCUAGUGAUAAAUCAGCACCCAAGCGGGAUGUUGCAGCCAAUGCAAGUUCGAAGACUUGUGAUGCUGCCGACCUCAAGGCUGUCAACGCUCAGUUCUCCAACCCCAAGGCAUUCUGUACCUACUAUGGCACAACCUCUAAAAACCUCUCUGCCGUCUCUGGUCUUACUCCUCAAGAACUCUUUAAUGCCUGUCAGUGUGUUCUGGGCAAGGCGACUGUAGCCAAGGCUACAAUCAGCAGCAACAAAGCGACGUCGGCAUCAAGCACCAAGAAGGUCACCUCGUCCUCUUCGACCAAGAAGGCCACCUCGUCGACAGUCAAGCCCGUUACUUCAUCAAAGUCAUCAUCAUCCAAGAGUUCAUCAAAGUCCAGCAGUUCUGCCAGAACUUCGUCGUCAUCAAAGAUUACCAGCAGUACGAUCAAGCCUGUCUCCAAGUCUUCAUCAUCAAGCAAGGUCGUGAGCAGCUCAGUCAAACCUGUCUCCAAGACUUCGUCGUCCAGCAAGAUCAGCAGCAGCUCGGUCAAACCUGUCUCGAAAAGCUCAUCAUCGUCGAAGAUUUUCAGCAGCUCGGUCAAGCCCAUCUCUAAGACGUCUUCGUCGUCGAGCCACACGGUUACCAGUUCUGCCAAACCUGUCUCAAAGAGCUCUUCCUCGAGUAAGGUUCUCACUAGCUCUGCCAAGCCCGUCACAUCUUCUGGCAAGAUUAGCAGCAGUUCUAUCAAGCCUAUCAUGACCUCGUCGAGCAAGGUCAUCACCAGCUCUACCAAGCCCAUAGUCGCUACUUCAUCCAACAAGGUGAGCAGCUCAUUCGGUUCAUCCGGCAAGGUCAGCAGCAGUUCUGCAAAGUCAAUCAUCAGUAGCAGUUCCUCCAAGGCUAUCGUGAGCAGCAGUUCUUCCAAGGCUGUUGUCAGCAGUAGCUCACCCGUAGCGAUUACCUCCAGCUCCUCUAAGAUCAUCAGUUCUAGCACGUCAAAAGCUGCAGUACCUAGCUCCUCGGCCGUUGUUGCUCCCGUCGGUACCAGCAGAAGUAGCAGCAGCUUCGGUACUACCACCGUUGUCGAAACUUCUACUAUUGUCCCAGUCGCUUCUUCUUCAUCUUCGUCGUCUUCUAGCGUGGAUGACCAGUCAAAGUCGAGCUCCAUCGCCCAAGAGACAGAUGCCGCUGCCAACACCUCUGCUAUUGAGACGGAUGCUCCUACCACUAGCGCAACAAGCGGAGCAGAGGCCACGAGCACUGUUGACGAUGCUGCUACAAGUUCAUCCGUAGAGCCAGAAGUUACGAGCACUUCCGUUCAGGCCGAGACCACAAGCUCUGCUGUCGAUGCCGGAGUCCCAACCACAAGCUCAUCUGUUGUGCCCGAGGUCACGACCGCCGAGUCCAUAAUCUCAACAGCCACCAGCUCUGCCCUCGAAACUGAUGCUCCCGUUAGCAGCUCUACUGAACAGACUCUGGUUGCCCCCGAAGCCACAUCGACUGAUGCCUCUAUCAGUACCAAUUCUGUUGUCGAGAACGAGGCUACCAGCACCGGCUUGUCUGCACAAGCUGAGGCUACCAGCAGCUCUGCUGUUGAUAGUGAGGUCAGCAGCACUACCUCCACUGCUCAGACUGAGGUUACAAGUUCGUCUGAGCAGAGCGCUGUUGCGCCUGAAACAACCAGCUCCACAGAGUCUUCUGCAAGCUCAGCAAUGACCAGCCAGGCUAGUUCUACCGAAUCGUCUGCUGUCGCUGCCGAAAUGACCAGUUCCACCGAUAUCGUUGCUCCCGAAACCACCUCAUCGGCCACACCCGAGACAGCCAGUUCUGAUGUAUCGUCUGUCGUUUCUAGAACAGCCAGUACUACAGACUCGGCCUCCUCGUCUUCGGCAUCUCCUGAUAUGACUAGCUCCAUCGAGUCUUCUGACUUCGCAUCAGUCACUUCUACCGCUACUUCAGAAGUUUCCUCUGACGCCGUUAUCCCGACAACAUCUUCGUCGGCUGCCUCUGAGGUGUCAUCAUCUGUUUCAUCCGACGAGCUUCCUUCCACAACUGUUCCUGAAGCCACUUCAUCGUCUGCGUCAAGCAGUGAUGUCUCGUUCUCUGUGUCUCCCGAGGCCACUUCAUCUGCAUCUCCCUCGGAAUCUGCUUCCAGCUUCGUUGCACCUUCUCCGGCGAUCGGAGUGGUUUCUACCUCUAGCGCAGUGUCUUCUGAUCCUACUUCUGAGUCUACAUCAUCAAGUAUAUCAAGCAGCGAUGUCUCAUCCCCCGCAGCAACUCCCGAGAUUACUUUGUCAGCGUCCUCGAGCAGCGAGGUGUCGUCUACAUCGGCUCCUGAGGUUACGUCGUCAGCUGUCUCGAGCAACGAUGUCUCUUCGUCUGCUAGUGACAUUUCGUCUGCACCCACUUCCCAGGCCUCUUCCUCCGUGUUCUCAAGCAGCGAAACCUUCACUUCGUCGUCAGAGACUACCCUACCGGCUUCGUCUUCUUCUGAGUCUAGUUCCAGCUCUUCUGCUUCUCCUACAGCAGUUGAGACUUCAUCAGCCAACAGCGGAUCAUCCUCAAUCGUCUCAGCCACCAGCACCGAGAUCUCGCAGACAGCAUCUACUUCAAGCAGUGAAGUGUCCUCCGCCACCGCCGCUUCUUCAAGCACUGGAGCGUCCUCAAGCGUACCUACCUCAAGCAUUGAGACAUCUUCAAGUGCCACUCCUUCAAGCAAUGGCUCCUCAUCAACAAGCGUUUCACCAACAGAGUCUUCGUCGAUCCAGAGCGCGACCUCUGCCAGCGCUCAAGUAUCAUCAACUCAGCCAUCUUCGAUGGGAAGCAGCACUCCUUCCAGCACUGGAGUAUCAAGCUCAUCAGACGCUCAGUCGAUGUCUACUCAAAGCGUCGUCUCGUCAAGCAGUGUGGUUUCGUCCACUCAGGCCGCUGUUUCUACACCUUCGAGCACCGGAGCCUCCUCGACAGGAUUAUCUCCAAGUGAGAGCGCCACCAGCUCUUCUGCAACCCAAUCUUCGUCUGGGCCAACAAUUCCUACAGCUAGCUCCACUUUGUCUUCGAGCAGCGCAUCAGUAUCCGAGUCUUCAUCAGCUCAGAGCGUUGCUCCUUCCGCAACUCAAUCAUCAUUUACCCAAAGCGCAUCGUCUACAGCUAGUGUCUCGUCAUCCCAGUCUUCCGCAAGCCAGAGUAGCUCGGUUUCAAGCACCCAAUCCUCGUCGACGCAGUCGAGCACUGAAGUAUCUUCGACUCAAUCAUCUUCAGUCACGAGCACCGCACCUUCAAGCAGUAAUGCAUCUUCGGCUCAGUCUUCGUCGACACAAAGCGCCGCACCUUCAAGCAGUAAUGCAUCUUCGGCUCAGUCUUCGNCACGACCUCUUCGAUAACUCAGAAUCGACAUGAACCACCAUUCCUGAGAAGGGUCUCCACUGAGAGAAAUAUAUCUUUGCGCAGCAUGUUUUAUAGUCUUAAUUUGCUUGUUGCGUGUUGGCAUUAUCUAAUAUGUAAUUCCCGUAUACAUUUCCUUUGUUUCAACC